GCUCAUGGAAAUUCUCCUCGAAGCGAUCUUGACAGCAAACAGUCUUUUUGUUAUCGCUUACAAUUGCCGCAAAGAAGACGCAAAGCAAAGUUGUUUUUAUAAAAUGUUUUUUAAAAGGUUUGAAAUAUAGGUUCAUUUGUUUUUCAGAGUUUUGUGACAAAUAUAUUAUGGAUGUCUUUGCAAAAUCUAAAGGCAGCUAUUAUUGAAUAUUUUCACUUGAAAGAAUCUGACGAACAAAUUGCUUGUAUUCCAGCUAAAUAUCAAAAACACCAAAAUUGUAUAAUAUUUAAAAGCGAUGAUUUUGCACAUCCCUACUGGAAAAGUAGUGAAGCUGAGUUGUGGGAGUUUGUGUGCAAGUUUUGCAAAGUUGAAAAAAUCGCGGUACAGUCGUUCAUCAACAACGAUGGUUUCAGAAGUCCUAAUUGUACACUAGUUAUUGGCACAGACCCCUGGGUCAUACAUAGAGAUAAUGGAAUCAAAUAUUGUUUUAAUAUCACGAAAUCAAUGUUUUGUUUCGGAAACAUUUCUGAAAAAAUUAGAGUAUCGAAAUUCGAUUGCUCAGAAGAGGUCGUGGUCGAUUUGUUUGCUGGAAUUGGUUAUUUCACGCUUCCCUUUUUAGUUCAUGCGAAAGCAAAAUUUCUAUACGCUUGCGAGUGGAAUCCAGCAUCGUGCGAAGCUCUGAGACGUUCUCUCGUUUUGAACAAAGCUGACAACCGAUGUCAAGUUUUAGAGGGGGAUAACCGCAAGGUCUGUCCCGCAAACGUUGCUGAUAGAAUCAAUCUUGGCCUGAUUCCAGAAUGUUCCGAAUUCUACGAAGCUGCCUGCAGAGCCAUAAAAUUGACCGGAGGAAUUUUGCAUGUUCACAGAAAUGUUUUAAUUAGUGGAAUUAACAAGGAACUCGGUUCAAUGAAUGAUGCAAAUCCAAAUAUUUUCUGCAGCUGGACGCCGCGAACAGAUUGUGAUCAAAAAUGUUUACAAGUAGGCAUGAGCAUAUGUCACGAAUUAACUGGUAAACUUCUAAAAGUAAAAAACUAUUCAUACCAUGUUGGCCUUCAAAAUGUCUGUAAAGUUAAAAACUAUGCACCCCAUAUUCAACACUUUGUUUUUGAUAUCCAUAUUAGUCAAUAA